AUGCCUGUUUGUUGUGGCCGAGCGCGGCUCAGCUUCUACGUAGCAAAGGAGCCCGAAAUACAAGUGAGGCUUUCGGCUGCUACUGGGCGCGAUUCCUGCGAUGAACCGCCGGGUGGCCUCUCCCAGCCUAUCGUGGAGGCCUUGUGGUCCGAAGAUUUGGGUGAACAUCGAGGACAAGCCUGGAAGGAGCUGCUCCUGGGCGGGAUAACACUCCAGCAGCGAGCUGGGACCCCCCAAGAUGAUUACGAGAAGCUCUGCAACCAGACGUCGCAGUUUGACUCUGCAAUCAGGCGAGAUGUACAUCGAACACUCCCGCAAGAGGAGCUUUUCCGGGAGCGCCAGGGAAAGGGUCAGCAGGCACUUUUCAGACUGCUCCGGGCGCUAGCCAUACGUUUGUGGGAUGUGGGCUACUGCCAAAGCCUCAACUUCAUUGUAGCGACGCUCAUCGGGGUCUUUCCGGAUGACGAGACGCUGGUGUUCAACUGUUCUUUGGCCCUGCUGCUGCGGCAUUCGCUGGUGGAUCUUUAUCGCCCAAGGUUUCCGAAGCUUGGGGUUAUCAUCUGGCAGUUUGAUCGCAUUGUCGAGGGCUUUCUGCCCAAAGUUCACGCUGCGCUCACAAAGCAUGGUGUCAACUCGGAGUACUAUGCCAUUCAGUGGUUCCUGUCACUGUUUGCCAGCGAUCUACCUCAGAGGGUGGUUCGGCGGAUUUGGGACAGGUUCCUGGUUGCUGGAUGGCGCAUCAUCGUCCAAGUGGGCCUGGCACUUCUGUACAGCAUUCAGGAUGAGCUGGAUGACAUGGAGACGUGUGUUGCAUUGAGCUUCCUGCGGAAGUUCGCGCAGACCCGCAAUCCGCAAUCAGAAGGCCUUCUGAAAACAGCUUCAUCCUUUAAAGUUUCUCACAGACUGUUAUCCGCUCUGGAGGCAGCUUAUAGUUGGGAGGAGGAUGCGCAGUUGACAGUCAUCAAGGACUUGAACAACGGCCAAGUGCACUGGGCAGUGCAGGCAGUGCCUCGGGCGCCUCCCACGCCCGUUCCACAGGAAGGUGAGGAGCCUCCAGUGCCGAUCCCUCGCGCCUUCACGCGAGGUUCUCCUGUUGGAGCAUGCCUCAGCGGUGAGGAGGGCCCCGAAGAACGCAACGAAGGCAAAGUUCUUCCGUUCCUGGUCCGAAAUCUGGAUACAGGCGAGACUAGUAUUUUGAAAAGAGCGUUCUUUCAAUACCGCGACGAGAUUCACAGACAAGCUCAAGCAAAAGCUGGACCUGUCGUGAGACGACAGUCUGAGUCUGGGUACUGA